UCUGCUGUUGUCUAGGCAACCAAGUGUAAACUUUCUCAGAGUCCUUCUCUAAAGCAGCCCUGGCAGCCAGAAACAAAAUGGUAACUCUGAGAAGAAGAGUAUUUCCAGCCAGUGGGCAGUAGUUGCGUAACAUGGCUGCCUGCUUUGAGAACUUUUCUUUAGCUACUGGUAUCAAAGGAACAGAUGCUGUGCAGAUCGGGAAAGCGUCAAGAGGUUACAAGGUCUCCUCCAUUCCUUAUAAAUACCAGACAAGAAUGAUCCCAAACUCAGAAAAAAAGGGAUUUAAUUCUCAAGCAAAGAGGUUUCAGUAUAACCUGAAUGAAAUUCCAGGCCCAGGAUUCUAUAACGUCGUUCACCAGUCUGCGGAGAUUAACAGCACCUCACUGUCGAAGAAGGGAACGGGCUACUUUCCUUCCAUGGAUGCUCGUCUCCCACACAACAGAAAACCCAGCUACCCUGCCGCAAACGCCUACAACCUCUCGUUGGCAUUUCAAUCCAAGCAAGACUUCAGCACGGGAAACUCCAGUAUGUUUCAGCAACCAAUCGCUAAGCAGAGAGCGCAAACCUCCACCCCAGCGCCCAACCAAUACAACGCCUGUCUAGAUUUCUGCAAGCAAAACAACAACGUGUGUGCCCGGGCGGUGUUUUUAUCCAAAACGACAAGAGGAUUAAGCACUGAUAAAACAGAAAAAUGGCCUUCUCCGUGCCAUUACAGAAUCAAUGACUCCCUCGUCAAGAAGUCCCCCAGGAUUCUAGUGUCUUGCUUCAGAUCAAAUACUCAUCGCGAAACAAAGGUGAACACAGUAAGCCCAGGGCCUGCAGCGUAUCAGCUAAGCAAACCCCCUAAAGCAGCAAAGAAGACGCCUUCCACGCGAAAGCAAAACUUGAAUUUCUCUGCCCCCGCCAUACCACCAGCUAAAAAUCCACCUUUGCCUGGGCCAGGGCAGUAUGAAAUAGUGGACUACCAAGGCCCACCAAAGCAUUACAUCUCUAGUGCUGUAUUUGUCUCAAACACGGGACGGUGGAGAGGGGACACAUCUCAGCAAGGGAUACCUGGGCCAGGUACUUAUCUGCCAGAAGUACCAGGGAAGCAGUCCUUUAUCUACAACAUUGAUAACAAGUGGAUUCCAGUACUGUAGACAUCAGAGCCCCCAUAUUUUGGAGAAAUUCUGCAAAGACUGGACUUCAUGCAAAACCAGCACUGCAUCCGCUAACGCAUGGGCAAGCUAUAGUGUCCCCGGCCCCCAUGUUUUAACUGUCCUUAUAGUCUGGUAUCUGAUACUGGUGUUUUGCACAUAUUGCAAACUGAAAGGUGAUCAUUAGGCUGAAAUUGAUCUAAGAUCGUCCAAUUAAGUUGACAUUGAACAAUUCAUGCAAAUAUUGUUUGAUUCUUUUUUACCCUAUGUAAUUAGUGGUCAUGUACUUUGGCACUGAUAAAUUCGGGUCAUAUAUCGGCCAAUCACGUGAAAUACAGUCUCAACUAAUCAACAACAA